CCCUUCUUCAAUGGCUUCAUCAACACUCUAAUUCUCUCUCUCUCUCUCUCUUCUCUCUCUCUUGUUCGUUCUCGUCUUGAAUGGUUUCACGCAUUGGCGUUCUCGCUCUGGCUCGUCGCUCGUCGGAUUCAUCGACCUCGUUCGGUUCUCUUCUCUCUCCUUCGAAUCAAUGCUCGCUUUGCCGUCUUAAUGGGGCCUCAGUUGAAGGAUGUGAAGAAAUAAUGAUUAGAUCGAUCUUGUGUUGAGUUGAAUGCAUCUUGUACGAGUGUGCUAGUUGGAAGUUGCAGCAUGUUGGGGGUUUUGUCCCUAAUGCUCAAUCGUUCCAACGCAAAGUCCGAUGUUCACGAGAUUGGAUAUUUUGUGCGACUCAAUAACGCCAGAAAGUGUUCACAAACUAGUGGCCUGCACUGCGUUGACGGUGUAGAGACCUGCAUUUUGUCUUUUUUGGAAGUCCCUUGAGAAAGUGCUGAUUGUCAUUUGCUGCGACACGAAAAAUGGAAAGAUACGAAAUUUUGGGAGAGCUUGGAGAUGGCACCUGCGGCAGCGUUUAUAAGGCCCUCAAUAAGGAGACACGCGAAUUUGUUGCUGUUAAGAAAAUGAAGAGGAAGUUCUACUAUUGGGAAGAGUGCAUGAAUCUUAGGGAAGUUAAGGCGCUUCGAAAAUUGAAUCAUCCCAAUAUAGUCAAGUUGAAGGAGGUUGUCAGAGAAAACAAUGAGCUGUUUUUCAUUUUUGAGUACAUGGAAUGCAACUUGUACCAGCUAAUGAGAGAACGUCAAAAUCCUUUCUCAGAGGAAGAAAUAUGUAACUUUGUGUCUCAGUUGGUGCAAGGUCUUGCCCACAUGCAUAAAGUAGGUUAUUUCCAUCGGGAUCUGAAGCCGGAGAAUCUGCUUGUGACUGAUGAUGUCCUCAAAAUUGCUGAUUUUGGACUUUCUAGAGAGGUGGCUUCCAUGCCACCUUACACUGAAUAUGUCUCAACACGUUGGUACCGAGCACCAGAAGUUCUCUUGCAGUCAUCGUCAUAUACUCCUGCGAUUGACAUGUGGGCUGUUGGUGCAAUACUAGCUGAACUGUUCACUUCGUCUCCUAUUUUUCCUGGUGAAAGUGAAACUGAUCAAUUGUACAAGAUAUGCUGUGUUCUUGGCAUGCCGGAUUGUUCUCCUUUUUCUGAAGGAACCAGUAUUUUUCCCUUCAUUAAUAUCAAUUCUUCAGAGAUUCUGCCUGCCAAUCUUUCUGCUAUGAUACCCAAUGCUAGCUCGGAAGCAAUUGAUCUCAUAAUGCAACUAUGUUCAUGGGACCCUUUGAAAAGGCCAACUGCCGAGCAGUCGCUUCAACAUCCAUUUUUCAAUGUUAGCAAGAGGGUUCCUUUUCCUCUGCGUGAUCCAUAUGAGAGGAAGCUAGACAAGAUGGGUGCAAUCCCAAACCUUGAGUUGAACCUGUGGGACUUUGGCAACCAACCUGAUGACUGUUUUCUUGGCUUGACACUAGCAGUGAGGCCAAGUAAUGAGAACUUGGAUUUGGUGCAUAACGUCUCCCAGGGUAUAGCAAAGGAUAUUUUUUUUGGCUCCGACUAUAAAGAUUGCGCAGAACCAUCAGUUUAUUGGUCGCUACUCUCUCCUAGUCAAAAUCAAAUUCAGACACCGGUCGACUCUUCAUUGUCACUAUCCUUUAGUUCAAUUCGGCAUCCCUCAAUAGGAGUCCCACAGUCAACUGGGUUGACCCUUUCUUCUUUGCAGCCCGGUAUCUUGGACUGCCCUCUAUUGGCCAUGCCCUCUUCUUUUCAGCAGGGUCAUUGGCUUUGAGUUACUAAUUGCACCAACGGUCAAUAACAAUAUGCUCUGUAAUUUAUUUCAAUUUUUUUUCUUCCUGUAAAGCUCAACAGGACAUCAGUUUGAUGUCCAGAAAUGGACAAUGCCCCGCGAUGCAUUUGCUUCUUGGGGAGUAUAGUUCGGAAAUACAUGAUGAACAAAUUGGAAUAUGGAGAGGAGAAAAUUUGUACA